AUGGCAGAACCUACCGAAGCAACUGCGUCCGCACCCCCAGCUGAUGCUGAGGAAAAAGGACCCUCCAAACGCGCCCUCGAAAAGGCGGCAAAAAAAGCUGCUGCGAAAGCCAAGAAGGCACAGCACACGGCCGAGGCCGCCCUGCGACCCAAGGAAUCCUCAAAAGCCGCGGAAAAGAAGCCCGCAAACGCCGAACCCGCCAGCGUCUUCUCUGAAGGCUGGUUGAAGCGCGUGUACGAAGAGAAGCCCGCCAAAGAUGUUCGAUCGCGAUUCCCACCAGAGCCCAAUGGCUACCUCCAUAUCGGUCACUGCAAAGCUAUCGCAGUAAACUUUGGUUUUGCGCGACAUCAUAAAGGCGUUUGUUUCCUGAGAUACGAUGACACGAAUCCGGAAAAAGAGGAAGAGAAGUACUUCACAAGCAUCCUGGACAUAAUCAAGUGGCUGGGGUUUGAACCGUACAAGAUCACGUACAGCAGCGACAACUUCGACAAGCUGUACGAAUUGGCGGAGCAGCUGAUCGAGAAGGAUGGAGCAUAUGUAUGCCAUUGCUCGCGCGAAGAAGUCAACAUGCAGCGUGGUGGACCGGACAACCGCGGCCCUCGAUAUGCAUGCGAGCACCGCACGCGACCAAUUGCUGAAAGCAUUGCUGAAUUCCGAGCCAUGCGAGAUGGAAAAUACAAGGCUGGAGAGGCGUACCUGCGCAUGAAGCAGAGCCUGACAGACCCUAAUGAGGGCAAUCCUCAAAUGUGGGAUCUACCGGCUUAUCGAGUGGUCGAUAAGAACCACCACCACCGGACUGGAGAGAAAUGGAGAAUCUACCCUACGUACGACUUUACGCACUGCAUUUGCGAUGCUCUGGAGGGUAUCACACACUCAUUAUGCACGACCGAGUUCCAGCAGUCACGGAUUUCGUACGACUGGCUGUUGGAGCAACUAGACAUGAAGGUGCCGAAGUCGGAAGAGAAAGGUCCCAUGCAGAGAGAGUAUGGACGACUCAACCUCGGAGGUACAAUCCUGUCGAAGCGCCGCAUCCUCAUGCUCGUUGAAGGCGCAGUUGCAGAGAAGAAGAAUGCAGACGGAACGGUUGAGAAGAGGACAAUACCACCCUCAGUACGGGGCUGGGAUGACCCUCGUCUGUAUACACUCGUCGCACUCCGUCGUCGAGGCAUACCGGCUAAGGCUUUGUUGAACUUUGUUGAGGAGCUCGGCGUGAACGAUGCACUCACUGAGAUCCAGCCACCUCGUCUAGAGUCUUCUAUCCGAAAGCAUCUCGAACGCACUGUCGCCCGCCAGAUGCUUGUGCUAGAUCCAAUCAAGGUCAUCAUCGAAGACUUUGUAGCAGAAGACGACCAAGAAAUCACAGUACCAUAUGACCCGAAGGGGGCUAUUCCUGGAGAGCGAAAGGUCAAGCUUGGCAAAGAGGUGUACAUUGACCGCGCCGACUUCCGCGAAGAAGACGAUCCUAAUUACUUCCGUCUCGCACCUAACAAGGUUGUUGGCCUUUACAACGUCCCCUUCUCUAUUCGCGCGACAUCAUACUCGAAAGACGAAAAUGGCAAAGUCACAGAGAUUAAAGCUGUCAAAGCCACGGGAGAGAAGCCCAAGACAUACAUUCAGUGGGUAGAUGCAGCUACCGGCGUCCCUGUCAAAGCUCGCCAGUACAACUCCCUCUUCAAGUCGGAAUCACCGAAUGCUCUCAACUGGAAGGAUGGCAGCUGGGCCGAUGACUUGAAUCCGGAAUCAGAAGUCAUCUUUGAGGAUGCUGUUAUUGAAGCGGGUAUCAAGGGUCUUCUAAAGGAACACACUCUGAACCCCAGCGGAUCAUCGGACGACCUCAUCCGCUUUCAGGCCCUUCGUACCGCAUACUUCUGUGUUGACGUAGACUCUACAGAGGACAAAAUUGUUCUCAACCAGAUUGUUUCUUUGAGAGAAGACAAGGCGAAAUAG